AUGUCUGAGAACCGUGGCCGGGGUCGUGGUGACCGUGGCCGUGGUGAUCGUGGCCGUGGUGAUCGUGGCCGUGGUGAUCGAGGCGGCGGUCGUGGUCGUGGUCGAGGCCGAGGGGAUUUCGACCUCCCUCACCGUCCUUCUGGACGCGGUGAUUUUCGCGGUGAUUUUCGCGGUGAUUUUCGUGGUGAUUUCCGUGGUGAUUUCCGCGGUGGACGAGGCGAUUUCCGCGGUGGACGAGGCGAUUUUCGCGGUGGAAGAGGCGAUUUUCGCGGACGCGGUGAUUUUCGCGGUGGUUUCAGAGGUGGACGUGGAGGUGGCCGCGGGGGCUUCCAAGGCCCACCCAUUUACAAUGAGGGGCAGCCAAUCACUCCCCCUGAUGCGAAUGUCAUCAAAACCGAAGAUGCAAUGGCCAAGGCGUUGGUUGCAGUUCGCCAGAAGACCAAGCCUGUCGCUCAAGGCCAGUACCCUGACCGUCCCGGUUAUGGCACUCUAGGCAAGCCCGUCGCCCUUUACGCCAAUUAUCUCUCAAUCACUUCUCUGGGUGGUACUUGGUACCGCUAUCAUGUCAACGUUGGAGCUGAUGGCACUGGUCGUGAAACUACAGGCAAAAAGGCCCGGCACAUUGUUCGUUUGUUCUUAGAUGAACACUUUGCCGCUAACAUAAACUCGAUCGCAACCGACUAUCGUUCCACGAUUAUUUCUUGCAUCCAGCUCCCAAAGAAGACUGAGUAUGAUGUGCGAUACAGAGAUGAGAAUGAAACAGAGUAUUCGGAAAGCCCGAAGGUGUAUAAGGUCACUUGCACAGCCACUGGCACUUUCCAGCCAGCCGAUCUUCUUCAGUACUUGAACUCGACUAACGCUAGCGCGUCGCUGGACUCUAAGCUGGAACUUCUUUCAGCACUAAAUGUUAUCAUGGGUCACUAUCCAAAGACUGAAAAGUCCAUUGUGUCCGUGGGCUCGAACAAGCACUUUGGUCUCGACGAUCGUUGGGCCGAGCGCCAAGGUCUGGGCGGUGGCUUGGAGGUUUUGCGUGGUUUCUUCAUUAGUGCAAGAAGCGCCACAGCCCGCCUCCUACUGAAUGUUCAGGUCAAGUACCUGGCGUGUUACGACCCAGUCCCGCUCACCCAGCUUUUUGCCGGGUAUGCGCAAGCUAAUCAUGGUCGCAAUACCUAUCGCCUCGAGGUAUUUUUGAAGCGUAUUCGCGUUACUAUGACCCAUCUUAAGCGCAAAACACGGGUCAAGACCAUCCUCGGCCUGGCGACCAAAUCUGAUGGCCGCUCGUUGUCGAACCCACCAAAGGUCUCAAGCCACGGUGCUGGUCCCCGUGAUGUCGAGUUCUACAUAGAUGAGAAGCCCGUCCAGAACAAUGAGACCAAGAAGGGCAAGAAAGCGCCCAAGGCCGGACCCGCCCAGGCCGGACAUUACAUUUCUGUAUAUGAGUUCUUCAAGAAAGAGUACCACAUUAGUCUGGACCCGAGUCUGCCCGUUGUCAAUGUCGGCGCCCGUGAAAAGCCAGUCUAUCUUCCAAUGGAAGUCUGUAUUGUCGAAGCCGGACAGGCUGUCGGAUCUAAGUUGACUCCCGAUCAGACUGCGGGUAUGCUUGGCUUCGCCGUUAGAGGCCGCAAGCCUGCUCACAACGCUCAGUCCAUCAUGACCAAGGGUGUUGGUAUGCUAGGGAUUGGCGAUAAGCUGAACCCGACCCUGUCUGCCUUUGGUAUCAAUGUUUCCUCAAGCCUGCUCACGGUUCAGGCUCGUGUCUUACAAGCGCCCAGCGUCAUAUACGCCAACCAGAAGUCCAUCCCACCCAACAACGGUGGAUGGAACAUGCGGGCUGUCCAGUUCUCAAACCCCAAACCGCUUACAUCAUGGGCCUGGUUGCUCAUCGAGUACAAGGGCAGAAGCAUUUUCAACCCUGACAGCUUGAAGCAAUCAUUGUCUGCCUUCACCAAGGCCUUGCGUGAUCUGGGUAUCAGAGCUGAUGCUCCCAAAGGCGGUAUCCGAAUUGAAAUGGAUCGUGGUGUUGAUGUCGAGCAGAUUCGACAGACUGUGCUAAACCUGCAGGCUCAGUAUACACCAACCUUGAUCCUGGGAAUCCUGCCCGCUAAAGACACAGCUUUGUACAAUUGUAUCAAGCAGGUCUGUGAUAUCCAGUGCGGUGUCCGCAAUGUUAACGUCCAAGCCGACAAUAUUCGCGAAGCCAAUGUUCAGUACUGUGCCAAUGUUGGUCUCAAGAUCAACUUGAAGCUUGGCGGUGCUAACCAAACAUUGCGCUCCUCAGAACUCAAGCUCUUCGCUGACGGUAAAACCAUGCUCGUCGGGCUUGACGUUACCCACCCCUCCCCUGGUUCCUCGGCCAAUGCACCCAGUGUUGCCGCCAUCGUCGCUUCUAUCGAUGGCUCGCUUGCCCAAUGGCCUGCCGAAAUUCGUAUCCAAACCUCUCGUCAAGAGAUGGUCGCAGAUUUGAACACUCUUCUCCAGGGCCGCUUGCGUGUUUGGGCCAAGUACAACCAGAACAAGUACCCGGAAAAUAUCGUUGUCUACCGUGACGGUGUUUCGGAGGGCCAGUACGAUACUGUGAUCAAUAGUGAACUCCCACUUCUCAAGAAGGCCUGUGAGAGCAUCUACCCAGCCUCAGACACAAAGAAGGGCCUGCCUCGUAUGAGCAUCGUCAUUGUGGGAAAACGCCACAAUACCCGUUUCUACCCUACCACCAGCGACACCGCGGACCGGAGUUCCAAUCCUCUCCCAGGUACUGUCGUUGACCGUGGCGUCUCCGAGGCCCGUCACUGGGACUUCUUCUUGCAAGCCCACAGCGCGCUACAGGGCACCGCCCGCCCAGCUCAUUACUUCACUGUUUGGGACGAGAUCUUCUACACCGGUGCCCCCGGAGCUGCCGACGUCUUACAGAGUCUCACGCAUAACAUGUGCUAUCUCUUUGGCCGCGCGACCAAGGCCGUGAGUGUUUGUCCGCCUGCUUACUAUGCUGACCUUGUCUGCACUCGGGCCCGUUGUUAUCUCAGCGAACUUUUCGACCCGUCUCUCGAUGGAUCCCCUGUUCCUAGUAUCGGAACAGCUACCGAUUCAGGCAUGCGCUCGGCAGAAAGCGCACAAGUCAUUAUCAACGACAAAAUCAAAGAUACGAUGUUUUACAUCUAG